AUGUAUAAGAUCGCAAUCCUUUUCGCCUGCAUCGCUGCAGUCUCCGCCGGAGGCCUUCUACAUGCUCCAGCUGCCGUAUCAUACGCUGCUCCUGCUGUUUCAUAUGCUGCUCCAGCAGUGUCCUACGCCUCUCCAGCAGUAGCAACCGUAGCUCACGCCCCAGCGAUCUCUUACGCAGCCCCAGCAAUCGCUGCUGCUCCUGCGAUCAGAUACGCAGCCGCUGCCCCUGCCAUCAGGUACGCUGCUCCAGCUGUGUCCUAUGCCGCUCCAGCUGUGUCCUACGCCGCUCCAGCAAUCGCAGCUGCACCAGCCAUCAGGUAUGCUGCUCCAGCUGUUAGAUACACUGCCGCCCCAGCUAUCAGAUACGCCGCUGCUGCCCCCGCUGUAUCCUACGGUGCCCCAGCAAUCGCCCAUGCCCCAACCACUUACUCUAGCUCUUCCUUCGUGGCUCACCACGCUCCUAUAGCUGUUGCCCAUGCCGCACCCGCAGUCUCUUACGCCGCCCCAGCAGUGGCUACUGUUGCCCAUGCUCCAGCUGUUAGCUAUGCUGCUCCAGCAGUCAGCUAUGCAGCUCCAGCCAUCGCCGCUGCUCCAGCAAUCACCACCGUCGCUCAUGCACCAGUCGCAGCUGUCGCCGCUCCCACAGUCUCCUACGCCUCUCGCCCACUCGCCUAUGGUGGUCUCUACGGUAGCAGCUACGGUAGCUACGGUGGAUACGGUCUUGGCUACGGAUAUGGUUCCACUCUCCUUCACCAUUAA